ACUUAAUAAUACAUUUUUAGAUUAUUGAAAAUAUUUACGCAAAUACUUUCAAAAGAAAUGCAUUGUUUAACAAAAAUAUAUUUUUACCACGACAGACUGAAUUGAUUGUUAAAAAAGAACAAUAUGGAAGUAUCAAGCGGCGCAGAAGAAGGUUUCGUGAGAGAGUGGACUCCUUGUUCCCAUAUUUUGAAUCUUAUACCACCAAAAAUACAGACUGGCAUAUUUUCUAAUGAACUGUGUUUGACCUGUGUGGAUGCUGUAAGUGAAUAUAUAGCCUUGGGGACGAAUGUGGGCUUAGUGUACUGGUAUGAUAGGAAAAAAGGCAACAUACAGCGACUCAGAUGCGAGGCCUCCACAUCACCAAUAACCUUUGUAAAGAUAGUGAGUACGGUGGACUACAUGGUGGGAGCAGGCAAUGCAUCAGGACAGGUGACUGUGUUCCAAAUACCAAAGGAACAUCCUGAAAAUGUUCCCGACACUUUUAAACCUAAAGUGGAACCAAAGGUGGAGAGGUACACAAUCGGUGAUCUACACAAAAGUAAAAUAACAUCAAUAGAGUGGUCCAAAAAUGGCAUGCGGCUUUUCUCAGGAGAUAAGGACGGAGUUAUUAUAAUGACUGAAAUUGACUUUUAUAUGCACCUCUGCAAAUCUAUGGAGAUAGUGAACGAACAGCACGAGAUAGUGCAGAUGAGCUACCACCAGAACACGCUGCUCGUGUCGAGCGUGUACCGCGGCAUCGUGUGCGAGCGCCGCGACCAGCGCUGGCACGUCAGCCAGCUCGGCAAGAAGGAGAGGAAGAGUCUCUGCGCGCUGGGCGCUGUGUUCCAGCACUCAUACGCGCGAGGCCCCGGGGGUCAGGCCCCAGGGGCCCCGGGGGCUCCGAGCGCAGGGCCCUCCGCGUACUGCGCGCGCGCCGGCCUGCGCCUGUGGCGGGCAGAUCGCGCGGGGAACGUGCUGCAGACGCUGCUGUUUAAGGAGGCGAUAUCAAACCCGCUAACCGUAGCGGAGCUCCUCAACCCGUCUCAAAAGAAGCACAACCACUCAGACCGGGAAUACAACUUUGGGCCCUUGCACGUGUUCCGCGAACACUUCCUGGUGUCGCACAACGAGCACUUCCUGUACGUGCUGGACCCGAGGUCGCUCACUGCGGUGGCGGUGGUCGACGAUCUGCGGCGAAUCCUCUCAGUAUCAGUGAACAAAGACGAGAUUUUCGUCCUGGAGGGCGAGAGGUCGCUGGUCCGACUCGCGCACAAGCCCGAGCCGGCCGCGCUUGCGCAAGAGGAGCCAAGCGCAAUGACGAAAUCGCUCACUUCGUCACUCCAGCAAGCGGUGAGCACGGUGCGGGACCUCACGCACAUCGACCAGACCGUGCCCUACAUACAGAGCGUUCUAGAACAACCCAUGGCCCUGUUCACAAGGAACGAAGCGACAGACUUCGAUACAAACGUUCCGAACGGGGAGGAAUGCUUCGAACUACCCCCCAUCAAACAUUUACCAAGAGAUAUAUCGGAUAAUGUUCUCGAAUCAAUUAUAAACGAGUUCAAAGACGUAUCCAGUGAUGUGGAGGAAAUAAGGAGGGUGAAAUCGGAGGAGUUGCAGAGGAAGUUGAAACUGUACAACAGUAUAAUGGAGAAGGGAUGUGAGGGGGAGUUGAUACACAGUCGCAAGAGCAGGAAGAGGGAGGUGGGGUCGGGGGGGAGUACGCCGAGACACUGCACGCCCGUGAGGAGGGACGUGAGCUAUACUAGCCCGUGUGUUAUGAAUGUUAGCGUUUAUGGUAACAUUCCCGAUCAAAAUGACGACCAGCUCGAAAAGCAAAUUGAAGAGAAGGAAAAAAUUCUGGCGAAAAUGCUUAAUUUGGAAUCGCUCAGUAUUAAAACUUCCACAGGCAAUACAAAUAAAGAAGAAAUUACGUAUAAGCCCAAUGUUGACAUAAACACCAUAGAUAAUGAAAUACCACAGACUAAACAACCGGUACAAGAAGAAACACCGAAAAUUGAAAAACCCGCGCAGAAGAAAACGGAAAAAAUAAUCGAUUUAGUUCCUAAAGUUGUUCAACUGCCCAAUACGUGGAAUUUAGAGAAUAUUGAGUUACAUUUAGAAAUGAAAAAUGGCGUCAGAGAUGGGUUAAAUUUAAUAUCGCCAGAUGAAAAUUUAGAUAGUGAAUGGGAGGUUAUAUAACGAAAAAUAAUUGACGAUGUUUUGAAUAGAUAUUUAUAUAAUUUAUGAAUAGAUAUUUAUACAAGUAAUGAUAGACUAUCGCAAUCAGUUUUUAAA